AUAAUUUAAAUUGUAGUAUUAACUUACAUUAUAUUUUUACUUAUUUUAAUUCCUGGACCAUUCUUCAUGGACAUCAAAUGGACAUUUAAAAGCGGAUUUUAUAUUUGACACUAAUGUCGUAGUUAAAUUAUAUUAUUAUGUUCAUAUUAAUCGUGCACAAUUAUAUUAUUAUAUGAAUAAAUAUAUUGACAAUGUCUCGGGAGUAGUUAUAAAAUGUAUAAAAUUGUUAACUUAAAUUGCUUUUUAGAAUUAAAUGAAAUUCCUACAUUUCCCAGUGAUACGGUACAAAAUUUAAGAAAAGCCGUUCUUGCUCCAGUGCUGUACAAGCCAAAUAUUCAACAAGCUUUACAGAGAAUAAAUUUCAAAUUUCAUAGGAAUUGUAGUGUCUCCAAUCUAUUGAGGGACUGUGAUGUUGCGGAAGGACAAACGUUAUUGAUUUUCUGGGGCUCGAGAAGUUCAGAUAGCAGAGUAACAAUAAGCAUGUCUGCUUCUAGCUGCUCUUCGCUUCAUACACCCGCAAAUAUUCACAAUACCAGAGACAGAGAUUUGCGUUCAGUUGCUCUACAAACCGACAUUAGCUUGCGCUACUCUCCAGGCAUUGGAUCACCAGUAAACUUAACUGAAAGCGAGGAGCAGCGCCUGCUGCGCGCGCGCAUUGCUGAUUCUCUGACGUUCUCUUCACCUGCGUCAUCGAUCCUACAGCCCACUAGACGCUCUAUGUCCAUACUUGGCUCCGUUUGCGCUCUACUACUUAAUAAAAGGGGAUCGGAUACAAAAGAGGUGUCGAGCAUAUCAGGCAGUCACUCUGAUAAUAUCUGCCGGAUCUGCUUCGGAGGAGAAUCGGCAGAACGACUGGUGCGGCCGUGCUCCUGCCGCGGGACCAUCGCCGCCGUGCAUCGCACUUGCCUAGAGCGCUGGCUGCUGCAAGCCGCCACGUCCUACUGCGAGCUGUGCCGACACCACUACGUGGUCACUCGCAGUCACAAGUGGUCGUGGGCGCGCUCGCUGGCGGAGUGGGCGCGCUCGGGGCGCGGGCGCGCGCUGGCGGCGGACGCGUGGCGCGGCGCGGCGCUGGGCGCGGCGUCCGUGCUCGGCACGGCGCGCGCGCUGUCCGCGUGCGACGCCGCGCUGCAGGCCGGCGCGCGGCGCGGCGGCGGCGCGGCGCUGGCCGCCAACCUCUUCUCGUCGCUGCUCAUCGGCAUCAUCGGUGCACUCAAUGGUCUGCUGACGACAUGGAUGCUACUCAAGAUCCAGGAGCACCAAAUGUCGUGGCGUGCAUGGCGCGACAGCACACUGCACGUGCGCGUGGCGCUGGGGGAGUCCCCCACUCCUAGUGCUUCGUCACUCGCUACGGUGGUGCCCGAGCGCGAUUCCAAUAUCAAUCAGGACCCAUCAAAUGGUACAGACCGAUCGACCAAUAUUGCAGACCCCUUCAUGGUAGCCUUGCCCUACACGCUUCCGGAGCCGUGAAUGCCGUGAAACAAAGCCCUUUGCCAAAAACAAACUUAAUUUCUAACAUGUCCCAAGUCUUCUUAUACCUGGUAGUAUCGACCACUGCCUGCACCUUACUGCUAGUAUCGAUACUGCUAGCUAGACAGAUGCGGUCACUACGAACUCGUUAAAAACGAUUGUAAUUAAUGAACACGAUUAAUAUGAAAUAAAAAACG